AUGGAGUCCUGUUUUCUGGCCAUCUCUUUCCUCUUUGCUUUCGGUCUUUCCAGUGGAGAAAGGACGCUGAAGUUUGUCACUGUGCUUUAUCGACAUGGUGACAGAUCUCCAAUCGAGAUCUAUCCAACUGAUCCCUAUAAGGAGAGUGACUGGCCUCAAGGAUUUGGACAGCUCUCUCGGGAGGGAAUGAAGCAGCACUUCGAACUGGGUCAGUUUUUAAAGAAACGCUACACGGGAUUCCUGAGUGAGAGCUAUAACCGGCAUGAGAUAUUCAUCAGAAGUACAGAUGUUGACCGGACUCUAAUGAGUGCAGAAGCAAACCUGGCUGGCAUGUUCCCGCCUAAUGGUUCUGAGGUGUUUAAUCCAGAUUUGAGAUGGCAACCAAUACCUGUUCACACUGUCCCAGUGGAUAAAGAAAAGCUGCUCUCAUUCCCUCUGGAAGACUGUCCACGUUACACACAGUUAAUGAAUGAGACUGAAAAAACUAACAUUUUUCUUAACAUUACUGAAACCUACAAGGGCUUUUUUGAGAUGGUGAGAAAUAAAACAGGACUGGAGAAACCCAACAUUGGAAAUAUUUGGAGUUUGUAUGACACAUUGUUCUGUGAGGCAAAGCAUGGGAUGCGACCACCUGAUUGGGUUACUCCAAGUGUGCUGGAGACGCUAAAGGUCUUAAACAACUUUGGUUAUCAGAUUUUGUUUGGAGUCUACAAGAGAAAAGAGAAGUGCAGACUUCAGGGAGGCCUGCUGUUAGAUCAGAUUAUUAAGAAUCUGUCAAAUGCUGCAGCACCGGACUCUAAACAGGAAGUGAAGAUGAUGGUAUACUCAGCUCAUGACACAACAGUUGUAGCCCUGCAGGAAGCUCUGAAUGUCUUUAAUGGCCUGCAGCCACCUUAUGCCUCGUGUCAUUUAAUUGAACUUCACCAGGAAGAGAACGGGAUGUUUACAGUGGAGAUGUUUUAUCGCAAUGACACUAAUGUGUCUGAACCGUACCCUGUGUCUUUACCGGGCUGUUCCCAGCGCUGCUCCCUACAGGACUUUGUGAACCUCACACGUGAAGUCAUACCACAAGACAGGGAUAAAGAGUGUCAGAUAAGGAAGGAAGCCACAGACAAAGAGGUCAUCAUUGCGCUGGCUGUGUGUGGAUGUCUUCUCUUCCUCCUGGUACUGCUGCUUUUUGUAGUGCUAUGCCGUCUAAAAGACCCCAUGGGUACCUACAGUCAUGUCAUAAAUGAGAGUGACUCCUGACAAACGUAUCGGCUCCUCCGCACAGAGGAACUGUGGGACAGUGAAGAGGAACUAUGAGGACACAACACCAGUUUCUUGAGAAAUUCUUAAGACAACUGACAAGACAGUUAGAACUCUUUUUGGCAACACAUUUAUUUUUCUUUUACAUUGGGGAACACUUGAUAUCGUUUUAUUUACUUGUAACCUUAAGUGUUUUGAGAGAAAAAAGGGAAUCAUGAGUUGUGAUGGUGUCAGUAGCAUUAACGUAACAAUGUUUAGUGCACAGAGAUGUAACUAAGAAACUUGACUUCAUGUGUGUCUUCGGCUCAGGGAUUUUAUUGUAAUGGAAGAUUGUUUACAAGUGUCAAUGAUGGAACUAAAACUUGAACUCAAUAUGUCCAAAAUUGUGAGUCCUCAUUGAAAGAAGGAUUUUGGCGCCCUAUUGUUUGUGCUCCCACGCCCUUAAAUCUACUGUAGUUGUCAACGCCUGAAGAUUCAGAUGGGACAACAAAAGCCUUCUUAAUAAACAUUGAGGCCUUAUAAUUCA